AUGUGCGUGCCGUCCAGUUGCUCUGGCGAUGACGUGGUGCGCGGGCUACAGCUGCUGCUCGGCAGAAAGGUGUCAGUGUCGGCGCUCCAGUCGACGACGUCGGAGGAUUCUGUGGAGUUCACUCCGCCGGACAGGGCCGUCAUCACCAUCAUGGUUCUGUUCGGCGGUCUCAUGGUGGCGGGCACCUGCCUGGACCUGCACUACAGGGGCUGUACCCGUCGCCUGAUGGCGAUGCUGCAGCUGAAGCCCGGGGGGUGUCUGGGCCCGACCUGGUACCUCGACCUCGCCGUCGACGUGCAGCUGUUCGCGUUCUCGCCGCUGGUGCUCCUGCCUCUGUUCCACUUCAGGUCGGAACGCAGUGACCUAUGGGCUCGUAACUACAAGUACCCGUGGAUGCGCUGCACGGUGUGGCUGGUAGGCAUCGGGCUCGGCUUCCUCCUGCACAAGCUGCGCGGCAGACGAGUCACGCUGAGGCCGUGGCAGUAUCUGCCCGGCUGGAUCGCCGCCUUCGCCGUCGGCAUCUCCGUCGUGUACGGCAUGUACGGCUACCAGAUGCCCUGGGACCCGACGCCGAGCAAGGCCGUGGCCGUGGCGUACGGCGGCCUGCACCGACUGGCCUGGGGCCUCGCCGUCUCCUGGGUCAUCUUCGCCUGCGUCACCGGCUACGGCGGCGUCAUCAACACGUUCCUCUCGCACCCGGGCUUUGUGCCCCUUAGUCGGCUCACCUACGCCGGAUAUUUGAUACAUGACCUGAAGAAGGCGUUCCACACGCCGCCGUUCGCCGACGCCGUGGAGGUGGACGAGACGGUGGAGCUGCGCUGA